GGUUCCAGUUCCACAAAUUCCAAUUCUCUUACUUGUGGUUUGAAUGGUGGAGACAUGGUCGCGAGAGAUGGUUGCAACGAAGCGAGGGAGGCAAAUUCAAGAUUUCAACGACGACCGAUAGCGCGGAGUCGCGUGAGACUGAGUGUUGUGGUUAUGGCGACGGUGGAGAGAAAUAAUUUGGAGAGAAAUGAGGGUGAGGAAAGGGUUGACCUAUAUUUUUACUGGUAGUGGCACAAUAAGUACCGCUAAAAUCAUUGGGGAUCCCGUAAUUGGGUUGUCUUCGAGGGCAAACAAUUCGGGAUCCCUGCCUUAAUGAGGCAGUAUACCCAACAAUAUCAGGAAGGGAUUAAUGUGCCUCUUGAUGAGGGGCUGCGACCACCUGUCCUGGUACAUAGUAAUAUGGUUCUGUCUAGUUCGGUUGCUCUUACGUGUAUGUGGGACGGGGCAACGAAGCUUGGAUCCCAUUCGGCUGGAGGAAUGAUUCUAAAUGACCAAUCAUGGGAGGUUAUUUUGGCUAGGGGGAUACAAUUUGUUGGGAUUGACGAUCCUACGAUAAUUGAGCUCCUAGUUCUCCGAGGAACGAUUCGAUGGUGCUUGGACCUGGGUCAUGAAGAUGUUUGGUUUGAGGGUGAUGCGAAGGUGGUUAUUGACAGACUCAACAUUGCGGAUGCCCAUCAUAGUCAAGCGGGUGCUAUUUUUGAAAGAACUCUUGUUAUCAUUGACAAGACCCCUUGCUUGACUGUUUGAUUUAUAUGUCGGAAUAACAAUAGGGUAGCCCAUUAGAUGGCUAAAAAGACCCUUUUAUUGUACCCGACUACGUGUCGAUUAUUUGAUUUUAUGAUCUGGCUAACUUCCAGGAUGUUAUGAGCUCUCUUUCAAUCUGUCUUUUGUAUUAAAAAAAAAAGUAUUGAUACAUACCCUAACUAAUUAUUGUUAUUUGUUACCAUGAUACUACCACACAGAGUUGUUAACUGUUAACGUCCUAUCCUAUCCCAAAAGAAAAGAAAAAGCCCAGAAAAACUGCAAGGCCGCUCAUCACUAGAACCCAAAUGUGAGGCCCGCUCAUCACUACGGUAAAGCCCAUAUUGGCCCCAGUUCUUCGUCGCCGGCAGGUGAAUUAGACUUCGACCAAAAGCCGGUAGCCUACCUCACCACCACCGCUAUCCUUUCUCCCGGCGAUCUGUUCCCCCAAAAUCCCUCACAAUUCUUCGUUCUUCUUCUCCAUUGCGCUCCGUACUUUCCAUGGGCGUCUCAAUCGUAUCCCAGAAAACACUCAGGUCACUCUCCGAAUCCCAUCCUUCUAUUUCCACACUGCUCUCUCACCUCUCCGUUUCCCGUUCCGAUCCCUCUCGCAAACCCUCCGAAAAUCCACUCUCCGAUUCAUUCCUGACUCCACUACCCCUGUAUUUUCUCUCAAUUGGGUCCUUCUUCUACCUCUCCGAAGGUAAAGUUUGCAGCUUUAGAAGCUCUCAGUCGAAUCCAUCCAUCGAUGGGUCGUCGUCUUGGAUGUGCUCAGAAUCACUAGGGUUCAGUCGGCGCAAUCGCUACAGUUCGAGUGUUCUGAAUCCUGUUACUCAUGGCGGCUGCUUCCGAUGUUACUCGGCAUCUGCCUCGGCUGCUGGUGUUCCCGAGUCGCGGAGUUCUCUUGCUAAGGUCGUUCGGCAGAAACCAAAGUUAAUACCAUUCUGGAAUAUCGUUGCAUUGGUCAGAAAUGGCGAUGGCGAUUUGGAUUCGGAGCUCGAUUCGAUGAAUCUAAGUUUGGAUUUUAAGUCCGCCAGGGAGAUUCUUCGUGUCCUCAAUCAAGACAAGGUAUCAGCUUUAGGUUUCUUUGACUGGCUUCAAGAUACUCACCAUGGUCUGAUGCGCAACUCCUGUCUUUGUAACUUAAUGAUCGACAACUGCGGUCGAUGUGAUGAUUAUGAAACCAUGCGUAGUCUCUUAGUUCGUUUCAGUUCGGAAGGCAUUGCUCUGACCAAAGAAGCAUUUCAGUUCUUAGCUUUGAGGUUUAGAGAUGAAGGUGUUUCGGUGGAAGAAGCUAUACGAACUGUAGUGCGUAUAUUGGAAGAGGUAAAGGGUGGAGUUUAUGCAACUGGGAUGCAAUCCUUGAUUGAGAUGCUCGCCAGCUCGGUGUCUUUUGAUAUGGCCAAGCUUGUGAUCAGGUUAAGUAAUAUGAGGGUGUCUUAUUAUAGCACACUGAUAAAGGAAAUGUGUAAGAAGCAGGAGUAUCAAAAAGCGAGAGACGCGAUGGGGGAGAUGAGGGAAGCUCAUCAGGAUUAUACUAUCGAUUUUGAACGCCAUAUUUACAAUUACAUGAUUAGUACGAUGUUGAAGGCUGGCCAAGAAGAUUCAGCUCACGAAGCUCUGCAGGAAAUGAUGAGCAAAGGGUGCCCUCCUGAUGCAUUGACUUUUGAGAUAUUUAUAUGUGAUUGUGUGGCGAAGGAGAGAUUCAGUACCGGGAUAAAGUUCUUCGAUCAUAUGGUGGAAGCUGGGAUUGAACCGAGGCAAUCGACGCAUGCUGCUGUUAUCAAGUUGUUGUUCAACGUCGAGCAAUACGACGAGGCUUACAAGUACGUGGUUUCUGUGAGUGAUAGGUUCAAGAAUUCGGGUAAUCAGGCUUACGACACGCUUGCAGAACUCCAUAGGAGGAAAUCCAAUCUGGUGACUUCCAAAGACAUUCUUUGUGCAAUGAUGAAUAAGGGUCUAGCGCCGGAUCCUAAUAUUUAUGGGACAGUUUUGAGAAGCCUCAAAUCGUCUCGGUGGAAACGACAGGCCACGGAUUUGGAAAACCAGUAUAAGAGGCUUCAGUUAGCAGCUUAGUUUGGCUGGUGGGCACUAUUAUAGAAUCUCUCUUCCAGCAUUCUACUCAGCAUUGAAUGGAAAAGGAAUUAAGGUCUCUGUAUAGUGAACUUCUAGAGGAACAAAGAGAAGGCUUAUAGGGAUUUAUACUUUCUUCUGCCACAAAUAUUUUACCUUUCACAUGUCCUAGCUUCUGAAAUCAAGCAGAAACAAGGAUGAAGAAGCUCGGACCAAGGAAAAAGGGAAAACAACCAGUUUGUUUGUUUCCAGGUAUAUAGUCGAAUGUAUCGAUUGCAUUUGCUUGAUCACUCUAGGACUAACUCCAGGAAACCAUUAUUCCUGUUUCGAUCAUGGCCAAAGGAUCCAUGCCCCUUUGGGAUUUGUAUUUUUUUUUUCCUCUUCUUGCUGGCCUAAGUUGCAGCAGAGCUGCGGCAGCAAUCUUUACCCCAUUCUCUUGUGUUGAUCGGUUGUUUGUAGUUAGCAUACUCAGUUAGCUUAGCCAAAGGAUCCAAAACGAAUAUGCUAUAGAUCGAGACAUCCCAUUUUAUGUCAAUAUCCGUUGGAAAAGAAAUAGCGAUAGAUUCUGACAAAAACACAGUUGAAUCAUCGUUUCUAAUUAUAGUAGGCGAUGCUAUAUUAAGUAUUUGUAAUUGCACAGACAACCGACACUUUUGAUGAAAAUGCAAAAGAAAGAUGAGAAAUCCAA